AUGAGGGUGGUGGAUAACAAGAAGCAAGAGAAAAUGAGGUGGUCUCGGACAAGGGUGGAUGUAGAAAACCAUGUCACCACGCCGGAUUUGGACCCGGAUAUGGAGUCACCGGAUCAAUUUGUUGAAGACUACAUAUCGGAUCUCACUAAGACCUCCAUGGAAAUCAGCAACAAACCACUAGGGGAGUUCCACAUUCUAAAUGUGCAAACAUCAGAGGUAAAUGCUCUCGCAAUUCUUCGGAUCCACCACUCACUCAGUGACGGCGCAUCGCUAAUCUCUAUUCUGCUUGCUUGUUCCUGGAAAACCUCGAAACCCGAGGCAUUGCCAAGUAUUCUGGCGAAGAAACAAGGCAGCAGUUCAAGCCAUUCGGGUGGCUUGUGGUGGUUCUUGUUCACUGUAUGGACUACAUUGGUGAUGAUUUUCAAUACUUUUAUGGACUUGAUGGUGUUUGUGGCAACAACAUUGUUCCUCAAGGACAAGGAGACUCCUAUUAAAGGUGCAGUUGGGGUUGAGCUGAGGCCAAAGCGAAUUGUGUACCGUUUGCUUAGUCUAAAUGACAUAAAGCUUGUACAGAAUGCAAUGAACAUGGUAAUAUUAUUUAUUUCUCGUUUUGUAAUGCUUUUAAAAAUAAUAUUAUUAAAAAUAUAUUUUGGUCAUUUUUUUUUUUUGGGAGGAGAGGGGGAAAGAGUUUGA